GACACAACUUCUAGCAUAGGCCAAAAACUGACUUAGCACGCUGCCGGCAGCCCCGGCUUUCCGAGAAUCUCGGCCAGUCGCUCGACAAAGUUCUCCUACGCGCUCGCUGAGCACCCAGAUCACCUUGCAAACACGGUCUUGCACAUGGCUUGACAAUUCUGCAUCGUCUGGUUCUGAAGCAACCUGUGGAAAGCCCAGGGGUCUCGGUUAUAUUUCGGGGAGCGCCGCUCAGGAAGCGCUGUGCUUGGCGCGCCGAAUCAAGAAUGCCUUUCCAGUCCAACUUCCAGCUAAUUAAAGCCUCCUACAAGGAGUUCCUGCGGAAGGUUGCCGCGGCGCACCGUGGCGAUGGCGCGGGCGAGGCGGGCCCCGCCCACUACUAUGUGGAGCGCGUGUAUGCGGACGCCUCGCUCGACCAGUCCCUCGCCAGGCUGCAGACCCAGCUGCUGGCAUCCGUGGACGUCGCCGAGCUGCGGGCCGCUUACCAGGCACGAAAGCUGCGCGCCAAGCUGCGCGCGAACCAGAUACGCCAGGCUUUCGACGAUAAGGUGUCCCGCCUGAACAGCUACCUAGGCGGGGCCAGCAGUAGCAGCGCCGCCGGCGCGGUGACAGCAGUAGCGCCGGCGACGGUGGGUGAAGCGGUGGCGGUGGCGGCGCAGCGGGACCAGCAGCCUGCAGCUGUCAUGAUGGCGGCCUCCAGCGGGGCAAUGGUGACUGAGGCUGUGCAGCGCAGCGGGGGCGUGGUCAGCACAAGUGCUGGCGGCGGCGCCGGCGCCAGCGCGAUGGAGCUGGAGACCAUUUUCGGCUCGGACGGCCUCCUUCGUCGGAUGGUGCUGCUGGCGGUGGGCAGCGCGUCGCGCGCCUACAUGACCAGCCUCAACACCACCUCCGUGGAGGGCGGCGGACACCUGGCUGCGGCGCUGGAGCGGCCAGCCGGCCAGGCGCUGAUCACGGUGUGCAACCACGUGGCGGCGCUGGACGACCCACUGGUGGUGUCGGCGCUGCUGCCGGAGGCGGCGCUGCAGCAGCCGGACAAACUAAGGUGGACUCUGUGCGCCAGCGACCGCUGCUUCCGCUACGCGGCGCUGGUGCCGCUGUUCCGAGCCGCCAAGGUGCUGCCGGUGGUGCGCGGCGGCGGCCUGGCGCAGCCGGGCAUGGCGGCGGCCGAGUCGCGACUGGCCGCCGGCGACUGGGUGCACAUCUUCCCGGAGGGCACGCGCUCGCCGGACGGCGUGUCGCUGGGCGCGGUACGCAAGGGCGUGGGGCGGCUGGUGGCGAGCGUGCCGGAGGAGGCGCCGCCGCCGCUGGUGGUGCCGUUCGUGCACCGCGGCAUGGAGGGCGUGCUGCCGCGCGGCGCGGUGCUGCCGGCGACAGGGCAGAAGAUUGAUGUGAUGGUGGGCGAACCCAUCCCGGUGGCUGACCUGCUGCACGCUGCACGUGCCGAGGCCUGGCCCACCGACCGCCUGCACACCGCGGUGGCGGCGCGCGUGUCCCACCAUCUGCGUGACCUCACCGCCCGACUGGACGCCCGCCGCGCUGGCCUGCCCGAUCCGGGCCCCAGUGCCGCGCCGGACGCAGGCGCCGCCGUCAGCAGCCUGGACCAGUUUGACCCGUCAGACCUGCUGCUGGCGGCGGCGGCAGCCGAACGGCGCCGGGCGGGGCGCGGCGUGUGGGCGGCGUGGGAGCGCGUCAAGUUCCGCUCCGCGCUGGAGCGCCCGGGGGGAGGGAGCUGGGCCACGCAAGGCGUGGCGGCGGGGGCAGCGCAGCAGCAGACGCAGCAGACGCGAAUGCAGGUGGCGCCGCCGGGAAGUGCCGUGCUCACGGGCUGCGGUGGCAACGGCAGUGUGAGUGCUGCCGCGGGCGCCGCUGCUGGCGCUGCGCCGCUCAUGACUGGCGCAUCGCCCGUCUUGCGCGACCUGCUUGGCUGGCGGCAGGGGGCGGCCGCGGGCCUGGUUGGCUUGGGCGCCAUGUACGGCGCUGGUGGCGCUGGCGUGCGGCGGAGCUGGCUGGCCAGGGAGGAACUGGCUCAGGGCAUGGCCGGUUCGGUGGCAUCCGAGAACGCUGCUGCAGCAUAAGGCUGGCUGCAGCUAAGGCACGGACAGCGGGAGGGUUUGCAGCAACCCUGGGUGUUGGUGGCGGAAAGUUGGUCCCCUGGCAUCAUCAGUUGGUCCCUGGCGUGCUUGCAAGCUUUGGAUUGUCCCCGUUGUAAGCCGGCGAUCAUAAGGCUGGCCAGGGACUUGCCUUUCAUAAUGCCCCAUCACGGGUGUGCACUCGGGACUGAGCCUGCAGUAGUACGGUAUUGUUGAUAGAAACCAGCUGUGCGGCUUUUGCUGCAGCAACAAGUAGCCGUGCAUUGUGGCUACGUUGCGCAGUGCGAUAACGCGGUGGCACAGGUCGAGAGUUACAUCAUCACAUGGGAUGCAAGUCACGGUCAUCUCGUGCUCUUGCUAGUUUCAGCACGAGGAAUAAACAGGUCCGACGGUCUCCUUAGGAAGUAACGUAUUUCUGCUUGCGCAUUUACCGCAUUUAUAGCAUGUGGGGAAGGUUUAGAUACCGUUACGGUCGUACCCGCAAUCACAAGGCUGGCCAGAGACUUGUGGCUUAGAUUAUGCACUUUUUGCCAUGGGAUAAUGUGGGGCGCGGUGUAUGGAGGUGGCAUCCUGUAUGUUUAUCUGGGCGCUUCAUUGCGCUAAGCGAAUCGAGUCGUCACAGGUUCGAUUUUUGUGGCGCGAGAGCCGCCUCACCCCGUUUAGUGCACGAGCUUGAGUGCUGUACCGCCGUGCUGUGCCGCAAUAGGUUGUUACCUUCCAUUUGAGCACGAGAACGGUUGAGCGAGAACGAGUUGAACACGAGAACGAUGAGUAAGUUGGCAAGGCGCAGGAUGGGCGAACGGAGGCCUGGACAACGCCAGCCGUGCGCUCUUGUGUCUGGAGCGGCGCCGGCAAGGGAUGGCGGCAAGCUUUAAUCGGUGACAGGCAUGCGAGUCUCCUUGUGUUCAUGACAAGGAAUUGUUUGGCGUCACCGAGGCCUAGCCUGUGGCGUCCGCGCGAGGGCGAAGCGAGGCAGGAUGCCCAGAACACACGAGUCCCUGCUCCGGCGCAGGGCACUACUGCCUACCAGCUAUGCACUGCCGUUGCAAACUAUGUGCCAUCUGCUGGGGUCUGGAAUCAGCUGCACCCUAU